AAUUUCACAAGUUAUCAGAGCUGCAGCGCCUAUAACAGAGAGGGAAACAGCAGCCGGGAGAGACGAAGGACCAGCCGAAAGGAGAACCAGAAAUGCAGCUGCGUGACCAGCUUGUCUACAUACUCCUUGCCCUUGGGGCAUUUUUUACAGGUGCGACUGAUGGAGCCUGCGACCCCCAGAAAGCGGUGAUUUUAGGGGGCAAUUACACGUGGCUGGAGGAAGGGACUAUACUGAAAUAUGAGUGUCCAGACGGGAAAUAUCCACAUCCUACCACAAUCCGGAUGUGUUACGGCUCGCGUUGGAGUCGCAUGAGGGAUGCACAACAGAGGCCUGUCGGAAGGGCAGUAUGUCGAGACAUCCGAUGCACCAGGCCUCUGGAGUUUGAAAACGGCCUGUACGAGCCCCGACAGCCCUACUACAACGUAAGCCAGGAGCUGAGGUUCGAAUGCUACCAGGGGUACAUGAUGCGUGGGUCCCAGAACCGCACAUGCCUCCCCCACGGGAAAUGGAGUGGAAAGACAACUGUAUGCUACGAUGGAGCCGGACAUUGCCGCAACCCUGGUGUCCCCAUUGGUGCCCGGAAAGAAGGCAGCAGGUACCGAAUCGAAGACCGAGUCCGCUACCAUUGUGACAAUGGACUUUCUCUCGUGGGAUCGCAAUAUCGGGUUUGCCAGGAGUCGGGAGCUUGGACUGGAUCAGAACCAGAAUGCCGUAGUCCAUUUACCUAUGACACUCCGGAAGAAGUCUCCUCUCAAUUCAUCUCAUCCCUCACUGAAGUUGCAGAGUCUUCAGAUCCCAAUAAAGUUGUUUCGGACACAGAACAGCGUAGGAUCCGAAUCACUCCUGGUGGCUCGAUGAACAUUUACAUUGUUCUAGAUGCCUCUCAAAGCGUGGGCAAGAAGAAUUUCAACGAGGCCAAGGAUGUGAUCAACAAACUGAUUGAGAAGGUUUCCAGCUAUGAUGUCACCCCUAAAUACGGCAUCAUCACUUUUGCCACAAACCCCAAAGUGAUUGUGUCGACCACUGACGAACGCAGCAGUAACGCUGCUUGGGUUAUUGACGAACUGGAGAAGCUCAAGCAUGAAGAUCAUUCGCUUCAGCCUGGAACAAACAUGAAGGCUGGUCUGACGUCAGUCUAUGAAAUGAUGAUCAAUCAGCAACAAGAUGAAGAGAGGCAGGGUUUGGAUCCCUUCCCUAUUAUCACCACCACCCGCCAUGUUAUCAUCCUGCUGACUGAUGGCAAUUUCAACAUGGGGGGUGAGCCAGCUCCUGUCAUUGGUCGAAUCCGGGAGUUCCUCCAUAUUGGGCGUGAGAGAGUUGGAGAUCGUGAGGAUUACUUGGAUGUCUACGUGUUUGGUGUUGGGGAGAUGGUCAACGUAGAAAAUGUGAAUGAACUGGCCUCUCACAAAAGCAACGAGAGACACGUCUUUAAACUCGAAGGCCUUGAAGCGAUGCAGAAGGCCUUUGAUGAAAUGAUCGACGAAAGUGAGGCACUGAGCAUGUGUGGCUUGGCGAAGGAGUACCAAAGCGCUGACUAUGAAAAAAAAAAUCCCUGGCUUGUCAGUAUCUCCAUCUUGCGUCCUGGGCGUGGAACUGAGACGUGCAAAGGAACCCUUGUUUCUGAGAAAGUCAUCUUGACGGCGGCUCAUUGCUUCACCAUUGAUGAUGUAGCUGACCAGAUAAAAGUAAAGAUAGGCCAAAAAAACUUCCCUGUGGCCGCGCUGAAAUCCCACCCCGAAUAUACCGUUGGGAAGCUACGAAAUCUUGGGAUCCCCGAAUUCUAUGAUUAUGACGUUGCCUUGUUGACACUCAAAGACAAAAUCACGUUUAGCGCUGAAGCAAGGCCGAUCUGCUUGCCGUGCACAGCAGGAACCACGCGUGCUCUGAGGAGGCCCCAUCCACAGACGACCUGCAGGGAACAUGAGCAAGAACUGAUGUCUUUUGGGAACAUCCCAGCCCUCUUCCUCACUCCCUGUCGGGAAAAGCACGAGAACACAGUGGGGCUGCGUCGCAGAACUGUGCGGAUCAAGAAUAGUGACAAGAAACAGUCCUGUGAAGCAGAUGCAAAGAAAGCCAAACAGUACAAGAAUGUCACGGAGGUCUCACAGGUGGUGACUGAACGUUUCUUGUGUACGGGAGGCAUUGAACCCGAGGUGGACCCCAACACUUGCAAAGGUGACUCUGGUGGCCCUCUGAUCAUCGCUAAAAGGAUGCGUUACAUCCAGGUGGGUGUGAUCAGCUGGGGUGUGGUGGAUGUCUGUGGAAAGAACCUGCGGACGUGUGACAGUGACAACAUCCUGGAGCGUGCCCCCUCCCACGCCAGGGACUUCCAUAUCAACCUCUUCAAGGUCUUGCCGUGGCUCCGGCAGGAGCUGCGUGAGGAAGGGCUGGACUUCAUCAACUAAGAAGAAGAAGAAGGGUGUGUGUUUAACCUUGCCCCUCACCCUUUGCCUCUUCCCACGCCAGCUGGCCGUGUUCUGUGUAAAUAAAACUGGUGCCUUCAAAUCCUGUAAAGUCCAUGUAGUGUCAGCCGUUGUGUAUUAAAAUGCU